UCGUUGUUUUUUUCUGUAGCCAAACCCUAAUUCUUCUUUUCUUUUCGAUAUUGAAUGGUUUUUUUUUCGGCCACACACUGGGUCAAACCCUAACUUUUGUGAUUUUAUUUUAUUUUUUGGGUUGUUUUAUUCCAUUUUGCAAAUUUUUUUCUGUGGAUGAUCUUUGUUUCUUUUCUUUUCCUCUUAUUAUUUUUAAAACUUUUGUUUUCAUCACAUAUAUGAAUCCCUAAUGUUGUGUUUGGUUGAUGAGAAAGUGGAGUAAGGAAAUCGUUGUCAAUUGAAAUUUUCUAUUCCUAUUUCUUGGCAAAGGCAACCAAAAUGGAUUGCAUUGUCAAUAUAAGGACACGGUCAACCGAUUUGCCCUGGAAAUUGUUAUUCCUUUUAUCAUUAGGAACUGGCCAAAAAAAUUGUCAUCGUUAUUUUUAUAAUAGUAAUUGCAAAUGUUUUCUUAAGUGAAAACAGAGCUCUUAAAAUGUGCUGUGAAGAAUAUCUCACUUAUGAAAUAAUCCAUGAUUUUCUGAGAUCAAUUUCAUGAAUAAUUAUGAAAAUUAUGUGUUUUUUGUAUACUGGAGAGUGAGAUUUUUUUAAUGCUUUUUGGAUCGUAACAUUUUGUAUCCCACUGUUUUGAUUCCCAAGGGAGAUAUAUUUUGUAGACCUUGGAUCCAGCUCUUUACAAAAUAAAGGUUAGAAAUGUUCCCACCUCCAAGAGUAAGAAGACCGCAUGGAAAUUGGAGAUUCAACAUUUAACUUUAACCAUAGGCAGUAGUGAUUCUAGAAACAUGGAUGGCUAUCUUUAUCUGGUUCCGGGUUACGUGAUCGUGACAUCAUCUCUAAGAGUGAUCCUAUGGUAGUAGUAUAUACUAAGAAAAGAGAUGGAACACUUGAGGAACUUGGGCGCACAGAAGUGAUAAUGAACAGCUUGGAUCCAGCUUGGAUUAAAAAAAUUACUGUUGCCUAUCACUUUGAGAUUGUUCAGCCAUUGAUAUUUCAUGUGUAUGAUGUUGAUACAAAAUAUUACAAUUUACCUGUGAAGAUGCUGAAGUUGAAUGAUCAAGAAUUCCUUGGGGAAGGCGGUUGUGUUCUGUCAGAGAUAGUGACUAAACAAGGCCAGAGCUUAACCCUAGAUCUUCAUAACAGAAAUGGGAACAGGGGUUUGAAAAACCUAGGGAAACUCACUGUCCAUGCAGAGGAAACAGUGUCUUCAAGGAAUGCUAUUGAGGUUAUAUUCCAUUGUUCAUGCUUGGAAAACAAGGACUUGUUUUCUAAAAGUGACCCUUUUUUAAGAAUAUCUAGGAUUGUUGAAAAUGGAGGUUCUGUUCCAAUUUGCAAGACAGAAGUGGUUGAUAACAACUUGAAUCCAAUCUGGAGGCCUCUAUGUCUGACAAUGCAGCAAUUUGUUAGCAAGGAUAACCCAUUAGUUAUCGAGUGCUUUGAUUUCAAUAGUAGUGGGAAUCAUGUACUGAUUGGUAAACUUCAGAAAUCAGUGGCAGACCUGGAAAAACUUCAUAAACAAAAAACUGGUGCCAGUUUCAUCUUACCCUCUUCUGCUCAGCAUGGUCAUGAGAAGGUUCUGAAGGGCCAGCUAUUUGUUGAUCAGUUUUGUGAGAAGCAGCUACACAGUUUUAUUGAUUAUGUUUCUAGUGGAUUUGAACUUAAUUUUAUGGUUGCUGUCGAUUUUACCGCAUCAAAUGGAAAUCCGCGAACUCCAGAUUCUUUGCACUACAUUGAUCCUUCUGGCCAGUUCAAUGCUUACCAACAGGCUAUAAUGGAGGUCGGAGAGGUAAUACAAUUUUAUGAUACUGAUAGGCGCUUUCCUGCGUGGGGAUUUGGGGGAAGGACAAUUGAUGGUACCAUAUCACAUUGUUUUAACUUGAAUGGAAGUGCUAGUGGCGUUGAGGUUGAAGGGGUCCAAGGGAUCAUGGCUGCCUAUGCAAGUGCACUGAACCAUGUUGCUCUAGCAGGACCGACUUUAUUUGGACAAGUGAUCAACAAUGCAGCUGAAAUUGCUGGCCAGUCCCUCUCCUAUAACAGCUGCAAAUAUUUUGUUUUGCUUAUCAUAACGGAUGGAGUACUUACAGAUCUCCAAGAAACAAAAGAUGCUUUGGUCAGGGCAUCUGAUUUGCCCUUAUCAAUUCUGAUAGUUGGAGUGGGAGGAGCAGAUUUUAAACAAAUGGAGAUCCUUGAUGCUGAUAACGGUUGUCCGUUAGAGAGUUCUACAGGACGUGUAGCAACUCGAGAUAUUGUACAGUUCGUUCCCAUGAGGGAAGUGCGUGCAGGUGGGCAAACUUCUGUAGUCCAAGCUCUAUUACAAGAGCUACCUGGGCAGUUCCUGACUUACAUGAGAAGCAGAGAUAUUAAACCCAGUGCAGUCAACAUAGCUCAAACAUCUGCUUCACAUGCCACCAUCUAGUAAGGGUUGUCUCCCAUUCAUCACACCAGAGUUCCAGGGCAUUGUAAAUACCGAAACUAGGUUAACAAUAUACAUGCUGUCUAUAGGAACCACAGAUGAUUGAAAUACCCCAAAGGGAAAAGGUUAGAGAUUACUUAGUCUAUACUGGGUACAAUCUGUUUUCAAGAAUGAUGAAUUGACCCAAUUGUAGUAACAAUUGAUGGCAUUGGAAUGCACUGAUUUGAUUACAAAUAUUGAGAAUUUCAUCAGUGUGUAUCAUCCAUGCCAAUUGACCUUUAAGCUUAUAUUUUUAGGUAGCAAGCUAAUGAUGUAUGUCAUGUCAAUUUUCCCUUGAACA